GGUGAACAUUUGGGACUUCGAAUAUCGCUUACACAACCGAGCCUUUUCUUCAUUCUGCCUGCAUCUCUUCGCCGGUGUGUGGUCACCUACACGCUUCUCAUUUUUAAUUCCACAGUCCAACAGCGCUUAGGAAAUGAGUGGGGACCAUUCCCACAGCGAGGACCAGAUUGACUGUGGCUCUCGGGUUAAUGACUCUCACAAGCAUAAAGAUAAGUAUAAGGACAAGGAACACAAACAUAAGGACCACAAGAAGGAUAAGGAACGGGAAAAAUCUAAGCAUGGCAACAGCGAUCACAAGGACUUCUCCGAUAAAAAACACAGAGACAAGGAGAAGGAAAAGAUGAAGCACAAAGAUGGCAGCACAGACAAAUACAAGGAUAAGCACAAGGAGAAGAGGAAAGAGGAGAAGAUGAAGUCCCUCGAUGGUAAAGUCAAAAAAGAGAAUGGCUUUGCCAGCCCUCCGUAUGUGAAGUCUGAGCCUGAGGAAGAUUUUUACCACUCUCCUAAACAUGAGAAGUCUCUAAAAAGAGAACGAGAUGAUGACUAUGACUCUGAAUACAAGCCUAAGAAAAUAAAGACUGAAAAUGACAAGAAGGCCAAGAAAAGGAAACAAGAUGAGGAUGUCAAGUCCAAAAAGACAAAAAACAAAAAAGGAGAAGUAAGUGAUGGAAAAAAGAAAGCGAAGAAAGAGCCAGAGGAGAAGUGGAAAUGGUGGGAAGAGGAGAGAUACACAGAUGGAGUCAAAUGGAAGUUCCUGGAACACAAAGGGCCGGUGUUUGCACCUCCUUAUGAGCCUCUCCCGAGCAAUGUUAAAUUUUACUAUGAUGGUAAACAUAUGAAACUCAGCCCAGAAGCAGAGGAGGUGGCAACAUUCUUUGCCAAAAUGCUGGACCAUGAAUACACCACAAAGGAUAUCUUCCGUAAAAAUUUCUUUAAAGAUUGGAGAAAAGAAAUGACUUCAGAAGAAAAAAGUAAGAUCACUGACCUGAAGAAGUGCAACUUCACUGAGAUGAGUGAAUACUUCAAGGCGCAGUCUGAAGCCAGGAAAGCCAUGACAAAGGAGGACAAACUGAAAAUUAAGGAAGAAAACGAGCGCAUCUUGCAGGAAUAUGGCUUCUGUAUCAUGGACAACCACAGGGAGCGUAUUGCUAAUUUCCGCAUUGAGCCCCCAGGUCUGUUUCGUGGUCGUGGAGACCAUCCUAAGAUGGGCAUGCUCAAACGUCGCAUCAGGCCUCAAGACAUCAUAAUCAACUGCAGCAAAGACUCCAAGUACCCCGAGCCUCCUCCAGGCACCAAAUGGAAAGAAGUUCGUCAUGACAACAAGGUGACUUGGCUGGUGUCGUGGACGGAGAACAUUCAAGGCUCCAUAAAAUACAUCAUGCUGAACCCCAGCUCUAGAAUCAAGGGAGAGAAGGAUUGGCAGAAGUAUGAAACAGCUCGACGACUGAAGAAGUGUGUGGACCGCAUCAGAGCCCAGUACCGUGAAGACUGGAAGUCCAAAGAGAUGAGAAUCAGACAGAGAGCUGUGGCUCUCUAUUUCAUUGACAAGCUGGCUCUGAGAGCGGGUAAUGAGAAGGAAGAAGGAGAAACUGCGGACACAGUGGGCUGCUGCUCCCUGAGAGUUGAACACAUCAAACUCUAUCCAGAGAAUGAUGGUCAGGAGUAUGUGGUAGAGUUUGACUUUCUGGGUAAAGACUCAAUUCGCUACUACAACAAAGUCCCUGUGGAGAAAAGGGUAUUUAAAAAUCUUCAGUUGUUCAUGGAGAACAAAGAGCCUGAUGAUGACCUGUUUGAUCGCCUGAAUACUUCUAUCCUGAACAAACACCUUCAGGAGCUGAUGGACGGGCUGACAGCCAAAGUUUUCCGUACAUACAACGCCUCAAUCACCCUGCAGCAGCAGCUGAAGGAGCUCACAAACUCGGAGGAAAACAUUCCAGCCAAGAUCUUGUCCUAUAACAGGGCCAACAGGGCUGUGGCCAUCCUGUGCAACCAUCAGAGGGCUCCACCGAAGACAUUUGAGAAGUCUAUGCAGAACCUGCAGACUAAGAUCGAUGCUAAAAGGGACCAGCUUUCUGAUGCCAAGAGAGAGCUGAAGAGUGCCAAGGCUGAUGCCAAAGUACGGAAAGAUGAAAAAUCCAAAAAGGCGGUAGAGACGAAGAAGAAGGCUGUUCAGAGAAUAGAGGAACAACUGAUGAAGCUGGAAGUGCAAGCGACUGAUCGUGAAGAGAACAAGCAGAUUGCUCUGGGCACUUCCAAACUCAACUAUCUGGACCCUCGCAUUUCUGUGGCUUGGUGUAAGAAAUGGGGCAUUCCUGUUGAGAAGAUCUACAACAAAACCCAGCGUGAGAAGUUUGCCUGGGCCAUCGACAUGGCAGACGAAGACUUUGAAUUUUAAAUCCCAGUUUUUGGUUUUAACUAUGAUACACAUUUUUUUAUUGGAUACUUGUUUUUUUUUUUAGCUUAACAGAAUUUUGCUCGAUGGCCAGACGUGACAAGGAGUUUUAAAACGAUUUUAGCAGGAAAACACCGGUGACAUGGUAAGACAAGAUGAGGCCAUUUUUGAAGUGACAGGAGGGUGUUGUGGAUAGUCCAAACAUCUGAUCUGAGAUCAGGCAAAAGGCUGAACUACACCCACAACUGAGAAUCGAGGCAUAGUCCGUGUAAUUUGAAGACCCUUUUUCCUUUUGUCUCUGUCCCUCCUCAGGGACUAAACCUGACAAUGCCUGAACUUUGAACUCUGUGGUCCUAUAGCUACUGUAUUAAGCAAAAACAAAAAUGCUUUGUAUCAUUUUAUUUUCUUUGUUCACUCACUCUGUAUUUUAGCCCUCUCAUGUAUUAUUAAUGAAUUCUAUAUUUUGAUAGACAGAGUAAAAUCAAAUGAAUUCCUUAACUACACCCACGCGCCUUUCGAGGAAAUGGAAAUGUGAGCGUUUGUGUGUCUGCGCGUGCAUGUGUGUGUGAGGGGCUCGACCACGAUAGCUGUCUGUUUGGGGAAUAUUUUAAACUGGACUAUGUUGAAUUGUUGAGCAUGAAAGAGGAUGUCUGGGCAGGCAAAGGGGGGGGAAAUACUGCAACCAUGUCAAUAUUUACUUAAGCAAGCAGAAUGUGAAUAUUUUGUUUUACAUCCUCUAUCAGGGACUUCUUUUUCAGUGUAAAUGUGAACCAAUCAUUUUUAUCCUCUUGAGUUGCAAGCAUCCUCUGAAUCUCUCUGCAUAGCCCUGUCUACAUCUGAUUUUAACUUAAUUUAAGAAUUGUUCCAAGGAAAAAAAAAAACUCCCAUAUCUGUUACUUGAAGACAAUGCUAUAGUAAUGUAUUUAAAGUCAGUAAAUGGAUGGUGUUUUUCCUCCCAGCAGGGUGUGAGGGAUAUCAAUUUUGCCAAAAAAAAUCACCAAACUGUUACAAUUUAGGCAGGUUUUUAAUUGUGUAUUGAUUGAGGAUAAAGUAAUGUAACAUUUAAUGUGAAUUAUCAGCUCAUUUUAUUCCACUCUGUUCCACUUUUAUGAUAGGAAAGUUGAUGUAAGUAGCUGUAAAGUCAACAUCCUAUUCCUGUUUUACCUUUUUGUUAUAGCCUUUGAUCAUGUUUUUGAGUUUUAAGCUCAUUGUAGGUUGUAAAAAUGAAUAAAACCCAACAGGUAAAUA